AUGCAGUUUACAUACUACAUUGUAUAUUCGAUAUUUGUCUUCGGUUUAUUUAUUUCUUAUAACCCAGCGCUAUGCGUUUUAUACAAGUAUACUCGAGAUUAUCUUAUAAACAACAAUUUGUUUUUCCUUGAACCAGCGGAAACUGCUUUUUCACUUGACAUCAAACCCAUAAGUUAUCCUGAUAAAUGUGAAUUAAAACAAAUACAUUUGUUUUCUAGACACGGAUCAAGAUAUCCAGCUCCAAAUGAUAUUAUAAAUUAUGAGAAAUUGGAAAAAUAUAAAAAUCCUUUCCCCAUGAGGAAAAAUUUUCAAUUGGUCGAACGAGGGGAAAUCGAACCUUUUUUUGAUGGUCUACAAUGUCGUAAAAGGUACAAAAAGUUUUGGGAUGGAGUUGAAUAUGAUCCGGAGGUUAUAAAAUUUCAGAGUUCUCAAACUACAAGAACCGGUGCGUCGUUAAUGGCCUUCAGUGAAGGAUUAUUCAAUGGUUACGGGCCAUUAGACACUUGUAAAAGUCAACCUAUUUAUUAUUGGAAUCUACCACCGGAACAAGACGAUACAUUAAGUUUGGUUACCUCCUGUCGACGCUGGAACGAGACUGUGAAUACUAAUAAUCCAUUACGUGACGAACAAAUCUAUUUAUAUGUACCAUUUAUAUUUACUAAUUGCCAAUUCUGGCUCACUGUUUAUAAUCGAACCGAUGCAUGGUGUUCUUUAUUGAGUCCUAAAGAACUUUUAUUAUCACGAUAUUAUUGGGAUCUGGACUUUUAUUAUCGAUUAUCAUAUGGUAGCCCACUUAAUUUACGAAUGGGUUGUAGAUAUAUUACUCAACUUGUUAAUGGAGUUGAAGGUUAUUUUUAUGGGAAUUCUACCGUGAUAGCUGAUCUAAAAAAUUCUCAUGGUUUCACUAUGACGAUGAUACUUACUACACUCGUAUGUAAAUCUGUGCAUGUUCAAUAUAGGCUCAUACCCUGGUCUUCUACGCUUUAUUCCGAAAUUUAUAAAUGUUCCGGUAAUCACGUAUACAUACGAAUAUUACUUAAUUUUAAACCGUUUUAUAUUCCGGGUUGUGGGGAAUAUUGUGAGUGGAACAAAUUUAAAAUGAUUCUUGGUGAUAAGAUUGGGUGCGACUACGAAAAGUUAUGCGCUUAUCCUUGA